GAGAAGUUGAGGAUGAGUUUUCUUGGAUUGCAUCUGAUGAAUCUGAUCAAGACCCACGGGGCUAUGUUUUUCACCAUGCUUCAGGUUCAUUGAUUCCUAUGGCUGGAGAGAAUGACAAACCCUACGACCAGCAAAAAGUUUGGCCCGAUCAGCAACAAUUACAUUCACAUCGUACAGAAACCGUCCGAGCAGCAUUAUCUAUCUCCAGUACGCUUUUCAAGACCAUGAUAAAUGGCGCAACAGUUGUGUAGGGUUGCUGUUGCAGCAAGAACUCAGACCAGAUUCCACGGGUGGAAUUAUCUCAACAACAUGGACGACUCAUAACCUCAGAUCUAUAAUCGACCAUAUCGAACAAGCCAAGUCAUAUACUAUGCCUCACUGGCACAAGUCAGUGAACUUGUGUAUACGUUCACAAAUACGCUCAAAGCUUAUACGUUUAAUGCAAAUUAAUAAUGCUGACGUUCUCCGUUCUUUGAAGGAAGCUAUCCUACACAUUGCUUGCGAGGGCAUGAGUGAUGUACUCUCUACAGUGAAUACGAACCUUGAUCGCAUAGAGCUCAACACGGCGACAACAAUAUCGUUGUUCAACGCAAACGACACCAAAGCGAUUGUUAAUGCACUAAAGACAUAUCUCGCACGCACGAGAAUGAUGACAUUCCAUUAUUCCGCUGCGUUUUCUUACUUAGACGAAGAAACAGGGGCAUUGACAUCUGCCAACUCGGUUAAGAUCUGCAACCAUGUUCGGCAAACUCUCGAUUCCACCAAGAAUCGACUAGACAAUUUCAGCCAGACGCUCAUGGCCACCAUGAGCAUAAUUGAGAGCCAAAGGGGUAUAAGGGAGGCAGAGAGUGUAGGCAAGCUCACGGAGCUAGCUUUCUUCUUCAUCCCUAUAACAUUCAUUGCGAGCCUCUUCGGUAUGAACGUCGUGGUAGGUCACCUUUCACGCAUUUAUCUGUCCAUUCUCUCUAACGCGACAAGCAAGGAGUUUGAAGGAAACCUCACUUGGCGGAUAUGGGCUGUUACUUCCGUUUGCUGCAUGAUCUUGAGCUACAUGGCGCUCUUCCGCAGGAUGUUCUGGAAGUGGUUUCCGACGCCCUCUGCCGUGCAUGAACGUUUGCUACCUUAUCUUCUUUUGCUUUUGCUCCGAUGGUACGACAUUCGAGAACUUUGUCAGGGCUGGAUACGCCGUCGGUGGAUAAAGAUCUGUACAUAUUGGGAAAGAUGAAUGUCGUCGGCCAGCAGUUUUGAACAUGCUAUCUGGUUUCCGCAAUGAAUCACUAAAGUCCAAAACCUGUCCUGUAUUAACCCGAUUUCUGAUGUAACAAUUGGUGCAAUAGGAGAUUUGUGGUCUACGGGUGUAUACGGAGACGGUUUGUUGGGCUUCCGGGUUCUU